CUGAUCCUGUUGUUGUGUUGUGUUUAUUGAUUUUUAUUUUAACAUUAUUUUGGUGCUGAAUUUAUGAGUGAAAAUAAAUAUAAAUUUACGUUAACAUGUGGCCAAAUAAAGAUGCACCUCUCGUGUGCAGAGGUUGUUUCGCUACGGACGUUAAAUUACUGAACAUCCACGAAAAUAAUUUGGCCGAGAAAUAUGUACAAUUAUUAGGAAUUUCGUUACAAGACCACUUUUCUCAGUAUUUGUGCGUAAUCUGCAAAGCUCUGCUCCUGAAGUUUUCGCAGUUCCGGGAAAGCUGUCACAAAGUUCACGAUGCGUUUGUCACCGCAGCCACCCAGGGGAAAUAUCUCACAAAAGAUUGGCUGCAAGAAUUGAGUCGGUAUCAUUACAAGCCAAAAUACACUCGAACCAAAUGUCUCUCCUACAUCGACUGGUCUGAGCAACCCGACGUCAAACUUGAGGAUAACGAGCUUUUGGAAGAUUUACAAGAGGCCGCUAUAGAGCCUCAAGACUUCAUCUUUAUUAAGAACGAUAUUGACGAAGUUUAUGACGACAAAGAGCCAAACACUGACGCUGAAGAAAAUCUAGUCAUAAUCGACCCGAUUCUUAAGCCUAAACGAGAGAAAAUUAAGAAGAAAAAAAUAAAAAAACAAAUAGUUAAAAAAGAGUUUGGUCGCAAAACCAAAUCCGCCGACGAUUUGGUCAAAAUUGCUGAUAUGCAUGACUUCGAUGUUAUAUUUCUAAGUAAAGAUGAACAAUUAGCCGAGGUAGCUGAACGCAUGAAUAAGAAGAUAAGAUGCACCCGAGCCGGGUACAGGAAGUGCGAACAUUGCGGUAAAAAUGUGAAGGGCGAGGAAGAAAUCAACGGGCAUUACAAGUCGUUUCACGACCCGUCCGUGGGCGCGCUGCAGUGCGACAUCUGUUUCUGCCGCUUCAAAGAUCGGAGGAGAUUGAAUUCUCAUUUGCGCAUACACAGAGAAAAAUAUUGCUGUCGGAACUGCGAUUUUGUGGCCAAAGGCGAAGCGUGCGUGCGGAGACACCACGCCUGGCAUCGAGGCACCAAAUUUAGCUGUCAGUACUGCGAGCAAACUUUCCCGAAACUGACCAGCUGCCUGUCCCACACCAGAUUGAAGCACGCGGCGGAGUUGCCCUGGUGCGAGAUUUGUGGGGAAUCGUUUAUUGGUGAGAAAGGCGUGCAGACGCAUAAGAAAUUGGCUCACAAGAACGUCGAGGCCCCCAAGUGCGUGUGCGCGGACUGCGGGACACGCUUCCUGAGCGAGCAGGCGCUGGCCCGCCACCGCCGGCCGAGGAGGUGCGGCCUGUGCAGCUGCGUGCGGUGCGGGGACGCCUUCGCCAGUCUGCAGUUGCUCAAGUACCAUUUGGUGCAAGUCCACGGCAGCGGCGAGCAGCCCCUCACGGCGGACUGCGCGGAGUGCGGCGUUCGAUUCCACAGCACCGCCGCGUUGCAGCGCCACGCGGCGGCGUGCGGCGCGGGCGCGGCGUGCGUGCAGUGCGGCGAGCACUUCGCGGCGGAGCCCGAGCUCGCCGCGCACGAGGCGGAGCGCCACCCCGCCUCCGACGCGUUCCGUUGCGACGAGUGCGACAAGGUGUUCACGAGCGUGUACUACUUCCGCGACCACUACUCGCGCGGACACCACGACAAGAAGUGUUCGCUGCCGUCCGCCCGGGCGCGGCGCGCGCGCGCGGCGGAGGGCGCGCGGCGCUGGACCGUGUCGGAGCGCCGCGUGACCGAGCGCGGCGGCCGCGGCGCCGGCGAGCGCCACGCCAUCUGCGAGGUGUGCGGGAAAUCGUUCGCGACUGUGGCGCUGCUGAAGUACCACCAGCGCCUGCACUCCGGCGAGGGGCUGCUCUCGUGCUCGUUCUGCCCGAAGAAGUUCAACGUGCCCGUGUUGUUAGAGAAUCAUAUGCGCGUGCACACUGGCGAGCGUCCGUACAAGUGCACGUUUUGUCCGAAAGCGUUCAAAACUGCUGUCAACUUCAAAAGGCAUCACUUGGUACACUCAGGCCUACGUAAACACAUCUGCGAGAUCUGUCAAAAAGCUUUCCAAACCUCGUCUUGCGUAAAAGCUCACAUUAAGACCGUUCAUAUGAAGAUCCCUAUGCCGCCAAGGAUAAGGAAACCGAGGGUAAAAAACGAGUGAAAACAUUCACUUACAUAAGUGUAUCCUGCCUGGUCGAAGGACCAUUUCAAGCGGGCUCGAAGGACCAUUUCAAGCGGGCUCGAAGGACCAUUUCAACCGGGCUCGAAGGACCAUUUCAAGCGGGCUCGAAUGACCAUUUCAAGCGGGCUAGAAGGACCAUUUUAAUCUUGCUCGAAGGAACGACUAUUUGAAUCCGGCGCGAAGGACCAUUUCUAUCUGGCUCGAAGGACCAUAAAUGGUCCAGCCCAAAUGACUAUUUAAUCCCGUUUGAAUAAUCAUUUGAACAAAUUUUUAUAGCUCCUAAAUGAGAACUUUUGGUUUAUAAUUUACUUACCCUUACAUGAUCGAAUAGGUUAAAUCCUUUAGCAAUAGCAGUGCGUUGUAAACGGAGGAAAAUUUAUUUUCCUGAUUCCUCCAGUUCGCCGUUAUUUGGGUGUUUUGUGUGUCCACGGAUGUGAUGUGUCACAGUCGUACAAAUUUGAAGUGUCAGUGGAUCUAAAUUCUAUAUAAGAAUUAAAAUAUUAAAGAUUUGUAAAUAUUUUACACACAAUAGUGCAAUUUAAUUAACUGCCACAGUGGACGUUGCAAUAAAAAUUAAUUAAAU